UUUUAUUGUAGCCAUAGAACUUCGAGCUGUGCGAACUGCCGCGAGCAGAGCUGUCGAGUCUGCGGCGGGUCACAGUCCAGAGUGUUCUCAGCAAUUCUGAGCUGGGGGGGGGGGGGGGCGCGCGAUCAGGCGACGUCACCCAUACGUGUUUUUUGCGUGCGCGCAGAGGCGGCUGAGAACCUGGAAGGUCCGAUCGGCACCAGACGUGAAUCUGAAACUUAAGUCACUUUUUCAUGAAUCGCAUUUAGAGCAUCUGGGAUCCCGUUUUCACUCGGUAUCAAAAUUUCGUUUUGACUGAUUUGAUCGCUUAGUUUUUUUAUUGUUUAUCUGUCAAACGCUGAUAUAUACCACAAUAAAUCUUAUUUUUGCAUAUAAUCCGAACCUACGUAUGCUGUUUGGGUAGGGUAUCAUUGUGUACUUGCUGUAAAUAGGUCAGAAUAUUUUAAAGUUAUGGAAUAGCAUAAUUGAUCAGUAUUUUUAACGUGCAUGAAACGGGACAAAUCUAUAGAUAACGGCAUACAUCUGUCCUAAAUGAAAAAAUGCAUUCUGCGUGAUGAUAUGUUCGAUGACUAAUCAGUCGCUAUUGUUGUCAAUCAAAUAGAGCUGUACGUGUGCAUUGUUAAAUUUAUCUUCAGGCGUGUUAUUGUGAUCAUUCAGUAAGUGCAAAGACAUUCAAGAACUUGCCUGAUAGAAGGCUAGCGCGUAUGUACUGGGCUAUCACCGAUGAAAAAAUUCCAAAAGAUUCCAUGAGUGUCGCAUACAUUUGAUGUUGAGAGAUAAAUUAUAGACGUUUCGCAACAUAAUUCAUAUUUUCACAAAUAAGAAUCAUUCGUCACAUAUUCGCUUGCACGCCAAAUCUGUGCCGCAUGCCACACACAGCAUCCGCACCGGCACUGCAGAGGAACCUGCCGCAUCCGCCCAUUAACUCUCUGCUAGUUCUCCCCGCAGCUGCCCCGCGAAUAGAGGAGCGUACCUUUCCUUUCAGUCUUAAAAAAGGGGGACAGGAUAUACUUAUUUGAACAAACGGGACAGCCCUGAGCCUCCGCCCGGUCUUCGUUGUCCAGUUAUCCUGACUUCGCAAAGUCCAGCCGCAUCUUCCCUGCAGACAACAUGGGCAUUGACAGCGAGGACCCUUUACCAGCAGAGGGCGCUCUCAGCACUAAACAAGUGCGCGCAUUCCUGAAGGGGGAACCCAAAACUCUCGGGGCUAUACAGAUCAUCAUCGGCGUUUUAACCCUAUGCCUGAGCGUGACUCUGCUCCAGGAGCCCAUCCACUUCCUGGGGGAUGUGAAAGUUCUGAUUGUUGUGUUUGUGCAGCUCACCCUGUCUGGCUCCGCCUUCGUGCACGCCGGGAGGAAGCCGUCACUCUUCUGGGUGAAGACCUCCCUGGUGCUGAACCUCGUGAGCGCGGCGUUCUCCACGGCGGCCCUGGGGCUCCUGUCCAAGCACGUCCCUUACCGCCAGUACUCCUACCACUGCGAGCACUGCCGGAAGCUGGAGAACUACGCCGUGAUCAUGAUUGAAGGUGUGGUAGGCACCCUGAUCCUGUUCCUGGUGCUGGAGCUGCUCAUCUGCAUCACAGGCAUGCUUUACGGGCUGAGCGUUCUGGCCAACGGCGCCCUCCAGUUGGCUGUCGGCAGCCACCUGUUGUCCAGACCCCAGUCCCAGCCUGCGGAUCCCCCCCCGCCUCGUGACCCCGAGCCCCAGGUGACCGCAGGUACCCGGGUCGUCACCAUCCCCAAUAUCCGGGUCCAGGCCCCGCCCCAGGCCCCGCCUCAGGCCUCGCCCCAGGCCCCGCCCCAGGUUGUGGUUCAGGCCCCGCCCCAGGUUGUGGUUCAGGCUCCGCCCCCUAGGCCUGCCUCACCUCCCAGCGAGCCACAGGUAGAGCCAGUGGAAGAGGCCAACAUGCCAUAAAGGCUCCCCACCCCCCCACCCCCAACACAGCAGCUAUCUCUAGCCAUCGGUGGAGGAUAGGGUGUGUGUAGCUUUUACUUUCUUCCUGUUUUUUUUGGCCGUGGGGGGAUGAGGGGUGAAUGAAAAUUUAAGCCAAAAUGGAGACUAAGGUUGGGACUAUGACUGUGAUCUCUAUAGAAUGGGUAGCUAACUGCCGCUGAUUUCUGGGUGUUGUACUUGCAUUCUGUUUUUGCUCUUGUUCGGUGCUGUUUCACUUCCUAACUUGGCUCUUACUUACCGGAAUACCUCUCAUGGUUACGGUUCCACAUACAGGGGCAAUACACGGUGCUUUUAACCAAAAAAUGAUAAUAAAUAAAUAAAAAUUCAUAAUGUAGGUUUACUGUCAACAGUCUACAUUCGCCAUUGCUUAAUUAAUAUAUGCUACACGCUGUGCGCAAGUUUGCAUGUGUCUUAGUUAGCUCUUCACGCCUGAAAGGAAUGUGCAAUUAGAAGCCAUUGUGACAUCACUGAAAGCAAAGGUCUUCACCAGGCGGCAGUGUCCCGUAGACAGUGCUUCAUGCUAAAUAGGUCAUCAUACUGGUUUCUUUCUUAAUUAUUGUUCAGUUAAUUUUUCAUUAUUGAAUGCACCAGUACAUUGCUUCAGCACGCACUUGUUGAUGGCAUUUUGACGGUCACCAUUUGCACAUUAUUUGUAAAGCAUGCUUUAUUAUUGUAAUUCUUUUAUUGAACAGGCGUUCAGAUAUUCCGAUUUUUAAAUCUGUUAUUUUAACAGAAAGCUUAAUGAAAAAUAGUUUAUCAACUUAUUAUUUUAGGGCAAAGGGGAGGACGGAUUGAAUAAGUUGGAACGGCCAUUGCUCCAUUUUGCCUCUCAAAAGACAAAUGUGGUUGUGUCUACGACACAGAUACCGCAGUGUAGGAUGGCUAACUGUCACACACAGAUACCGCAGUGUAGGAUGGCUAACUGUCACACACAGAUACCGCAGUGUAGGAUGGCUAACUGUCACACACAGAUACCGCAGUGUAGGAUGGCUAACUGUCACACA